GGCGGGCGGGGCCGCGCCAAGGCGGCGGCCGGGCGGAGCACCGGGACCGGGGCCGGGGGUCCCGCGCACCUCGGCCUCUCCUGCUCAGCCCUGGGGGAGGCGGGCAGCUCCGGCAUCCUGCCCCUCACCGGGAUGCAGCUGCGCGACAGCGCGGCAGCAGAUGGAUGCUUGUGGAGAAGGGAAACUGCUAGGGAUGAGAAGAUCACUGUUGAAGCAGGGCACACUGCAAACGUGACGUGCUUUUUCAUGCUUGAAGCUGGAUAAAUCUCCCUGCCUCAGCAGGUGGAAAGUGAAACCCAGGCCUGGAGCAAUUCUGGUGGUUUCUGUGGUUAUCCCCAGGCAGUGCUCUCCACUCCUCAGAAACUCACAGCACUUCUGGGCUUUGCUCUCUUGGUUUUGGUGAUCUCAGUACCAUGUUUUAUGCUGAAGUGUAAAAGAGCCCUGGAGCAGCUCAGAAUCCUGCUCCACGUUCAUUGCUGGCAUUUCUUGUCUGGACAGUUUGGUUUUACUUGAUGCCUUGUGCUCAGAUGCCAUUCCUUACUCCUGCUCUUGCUGAGGACACUCAGUGGGUUUGGGGUGGGCCCUGCUUGGAGCAGAGAAGGAUGGGAUUGCAAGGAGCUUCCUUCCAAACUGGGAAAACACAAGGACCCUGAUGAGACAGGCACUGAGACUGUGCCCAGUGCCUGGCAGUCUGCCUUUGUCACAGCUCCAGGGGCACAGUCUGCUCCUGCAGCCCCUCCUUCUCUGCCUGUCUCCUGCUCCUGGGAUCUGUAUUUUCUGAAAAUAAAUAGAAUUUCACCCUUCAAAAGUUUGCUUCAAAGUGACAGAGGAAAAGCGUAAUAAAAAUUGCCAAGAUCACAUUUUCUUUGCCUCCUAAAAUAAUACGACAGAUCCAGUAUCUGCAUUAUUAACUAUGAGUGUGAGCUUGUUUUCUUUUUAGGGGCUUUCUAAUUUACCUGGGGUCUUUUUCUUGUGCUGUACAAGCACAUGGCAGCAGCUCUCUGGGACCAGUAGUUAUUUAUUAUCUUGGCUAAAGAUGCCCUCUCACUGCAGAAACAGCUGUGUGACUGCUUCUCUCUUGGCAAACAUUGUAUUCUGACAAAAGCCUCAGUGUUUUGCAGAAAAAUCCCUUUGCAAAGGACAUUUAUUGUUCUGGUUUGAAGGAGCAAUCCUCAGGCUGAGCAGAGACAAGCAAGAUUUCUCCAACAACUCCACUGUCCUCACCUGCCAUUGGCAGUCCAAGAUAAGGCUGCAAAAUGUCACUAAAAUCUUCCAGGAACUGAUUUAGCAGAAAUAAUUUUUUAAGAGCAGAUUUUGAUGGAGAUGGCAUUUCAUGCAGAUCACUUUGGUUUGUAGGUAAGAGCUAGUGGAACAGAGCGUGUGAUUUCUUAGUAUUAGAAAAAAACCUCAAAAAUAGCAUGUUUGGCAAAAGUGACAAAUUAGCUGCAAUAACUGAAGUAUCAAAGACAGUUACUGAUGGGAUAAUUUGGGUUAUUUAAGUCUGUUCUGGGAAAAUGAGGAUUAGGAAGAGGCAUAAUUAAAAUAUGCAAAGCCGAAGGGGAAUAGAGAAUAGAUAUUAAGUCACUUUAAACUAGUAAUUCAUGAGGGGGUGGAAGGGAGAGAAAUGGAUGAAAUGAUGCUCUGAAAGGGCCCUGAUAUUCCAUUGUUGCAGAGAGAAAAGCUAUUCAGAGCCUGAGUACCUCUUCUGUGCACACAGAAAUUGGAGAGGAGAAGGAUUGAAGGGAGCUGAUCCUGCAGGGUUCCCUCACACCUACAGGAAUAUGUUUUUGUAGGGACAUCAGGAGUCUUCCAAGCUCUGUUUUCUGUACACUGACAGCAGAGCUCCAGGAGCUCAACCAGGAGAGUCCUUAGCACGUCAGUGUAGGACUGUGAGAAUGCUGAAAAUGAAUUCCAGCAGGGUGGGGUUUACCCUCUAAUCAGACAGCAGAGACCAUUUCAGCAAGGUGUUUUUGUUCCUCAGCCUCAUAAGUCCAGUGCAAAGCUCCUGAAGGCACUGUUUUGUCUACCAACAGAAAGGAGUUUUGUAAUGGAACCACCAGGGAAACGAGUUUAGCCUUAAAUCCUUACUCCCUGGAAGUUCAGUGUUGAUUUCCAGGCGAGUUCCACGCAGAAAUAGGAGCUUUGCAUCAGGAAGAAGGCUGACAUCUCACUGCCUUGAAGGGAUGUCAGGCUCCAGAAGGAGCAAAAGCUGCUCGGGAGGCACCCGGAGCCAUUCCAGAGAGUGUGACCCUACAGCGCUGCCACUGUGAUGUCAGGGGCCCGCUGGGGUGUCACUGAAACGUUGGCAAGUCCCCGCAGCACCAACAGGACACUGCCACUCCUGCAAUCCAGAGCUCCUGAAUCCUCCUGCUGGCAUUCCAGCAACAUCUUCUCCUCCAGGAGCUCUCCGUGAGCUGCCUGCAAGCCAGCCAGGGUUUUAUCUGGCUUUUGGGCUAUGCUGCUCUGCAAGUUCUAACACAGAUCUGCAGAAAUGAUCCGGCAAAUCACUGCCACAGCGUGUGAUUUUCUGUCUACCACAUCUGCAAUCUAUUUUUAUCCAGAAAAACCCUGGCUGGUGAUAGCUCAUCUGAGGAAUCUCAUCACCCAAUUAUCCAGAGGCAGAUACAAAGCAGUCCAUCCUUUGGCCAGAACACUGCCACCAGGACCUCGACCUCUUUCCCUUCCUGCACAAGAGGAUACUGAGAGGGAGAGGGAAUUUGCAGCUGUUGCCUCAGCAGAAGCAAUCCACACGAGCUCUCUGCUGGGAGCUGAAGAUGCGGAUGAUGAGACGUUUCUCAUGUCUGACACCCUCAGCAGUAGCGCGGGCGCUCUGGACAAACCCAGGGUCUGGCUGCAGAAGAAAUGCCAGCUGACAGCAGAACUGCUGCAGCAGCUGAGGGGCAUUGUGAAUGAGGGGGACCCUAAGACCAAAUACACUGAAUUUGUUCACAUUGGCCAAGGGGGUUUCGGGACUGUUUACAAAGCCAUCAACCCAGCUACAGGAGAUGUGGUGGCCCUAAAGAAGAUGCCUCUCCGCAAACGGAGCAGAAAGGAACUCGUUGUCAACGAGAUUCAGGUCAUGAAGGAAAACAGACAUCCCAAUAUUGUCAAUUACAUAGACAGCUACCUUGUGAAUGAAGACCUGUGGCUUGUGAUGGAAUAUGUGGAUGGAGGCACUUUAACCAGCGUUCUUGUCCAAGUCUUUAUGGAGGAAAGAAUGAUAGCUGCUAUCAGCAGGGAGUGCCUCAAAGCCCUGGAUUUCCUUCAUUCAAAGAAUGUGAUCCAUAGAGAUGUCAAAAGUGACAAUAUUCUUCUUGGGAUGGAUGGAUCUGUGAAACUGACUGAUUUUGGCCUGUGUGCUCAGCUGACCCCGGAGCGGAGCACACGGUGCACAGUGCUUGGCACUCCUUACUGGGUAGCACCAGAAAUCCUGAAAAGAAAGGAAUAUAACACCCAAGUGGACAUCUGGGCCCUUGGGAUCGUGGCCAUUGAAAUGCUGGAGGGGGAGCCUCCGUACUUUAAAGAAAGCCCUGUCCAGGCUCAGCGCCUGAUCGCCCGGAACAGGUACCCCCCGCUGAAGAUGCCCAGCAAGAUGUCAGUUCUGUUCCACGCCUUCCUGCACUCCUGCCUGGACACCGACCCCAGCACGCGCUGGACAGCCAGGGAGCUGCUGCAGCACCCAUUUUUACGAACAGCCGUGAGUCUCUCUGUCCUGCCUGACAUGAUCUGUAUCGCCAGGAAAAUCUGUCAGGCCAUGGAAGCACUUCAUGCCAGCAGUGCCAGCCUAGAGGAAAGGAAGGAAUAAAAUUUUCACUCCUGUGGGAGAUUUGCUCCCUUCUCACCCAACGGUUACAUUCACUUCUGAAUUAUUGGUUACUUCUUAAACAUGGAAAGUCACAAUUAUGGGAGUUUUGGUAUGGUUUGGAAAUGGGGAAGGGUCUCCUUCAUUCAUCAGCUCCAGACCACGCUGCCUCUGGAAUGCCCAUGGGCUGGGCUUUGCCCACUUGUGGACUUCUGGUUGAGGAAAUAAGUGCAAUUGCAUUUCCAGACAAAAACAGGUGAAGAAUGGGGCAGCCAAAGCAUCCUGUUGGAUACACACAGUCAGCUGGGACUGUGGAGUGUUUGGAGAAUUCCCUGUCCUCCCUCCACCUGGCAGAACAUGUGGACACAAAAAAAUAUAUAACAUAUAGAGAUUACAGAGAAAGAUAUGUAUAUAACAUAGACAGCUAAAUGGGGGGUGUGCAAAUGUACAUAGAGACAUAAUAUACUGGAUAGUUACUAUAUGUAUAAAUAUUUAUAGAAUAUAUUAUUAUAGUACUAUAUAUAUAAAGUUUUUAUAUAAUUAUAUGUAUAGAUAGUGUGUUACAGAGCUGUGGAAAUACAUUUAUCUUGUACCUUAUAUUAUCCCCUAUUCACACCCCCCCAGUAAUUCUCCUGCAUUGUAGCUCCUUAUAGAUAUAAAAUGCAUAUAUUAUUAUAUUAUAUUAUUAUAUUAUAUUAUAUUAAUUAUAUUAUGUUAUGUUAUGUUAUGUUAUAUUAUGUUAUGUUAUAUUAUAUUAUGUUAUAU